CUGGACUCGUUGACUGGCUCUGGAGGAUUGCCGUGAUAGCUUCGUCCGGAGGUAUUGUCGUCCUCGGCGAGAUUUCCCGCAGAGCAUCUGCUCGCGCCAUGGCCUGUUAGUCGGGGCGAAGACCAUCUGGCUGACGCGCAUCUUCAUGAUCGUCACUUUCCCGCUAGCCAUGCCCAUCUCUUGGAUUUUGAAUUAUAUCUUAGGAGAGGAGCCUGGUCGUGUGUAUAAACGCGAGGAGCUCAUUAAGGUGGUGGAAGUGACGCGUGAUCACCAUUAUAUAGCUGAGGAUGAACUAGAGAUGUUGACUGGAGUGCUAGAGUUUAAGAACAAGACCAUAAAGGACGUCAUGACUCCCAAGGCUGACAUGUUCCUGCUCGCCGAUAACACCGUCUUAAACCUCGAAAUGCUCCGCAAGAUCCAGAAAAAGGGUCACUCGCGCAUACCAGUGUACUGCCAUGGAGACGAGAGCGACAUCAUGGGCGUGCUAUUUGUGAAGGAUUUGAUGGUUGUGAACCCGGACGAGAACUUGCCUGUGUCCCGCAUUGUGAAGCAAUACGAACAUGCCGUUUUAAGCACUGUGCCAGACACCAAGCUGGAUGUCAUGCUGGAGCAGUUUAAGAGCGGCGUGUCACACAUGUCACUCGUCCAGCGUCCUAGCAACAAUUGUGAAGGAGACCCAUACAAUGUCACUGUCGGGAUUGUGACACUAGAGGACAUUAUUGAAGAAAUCAUCAAAACAGAAAUUGUUGAUGAGACUGAUAUUGUGCGUGAUAACAUUACCAAGGAACCGGUGCAGAGGAAACCCAGGGAGAAUGCUGAGGCGGAGAUGGCUAUGCUGGACCAGGCUGACCAGAUGAUGCCCAGGCACGCAUCCCUAUCCAAUGACAAUCCGUUUCACCUGGUUAGGUUUGUUAGUGACAUUCAACCGUGGUUGAACGAAGUUGACGCAGAUCGACUGCGACAGAUGAUGUUCAAGAAACUUCUCGUAACUGACAGCGCAUCAAUAAAGAGACUACAGAGAAUUCAGUCCCGGGAUGGACAAUCUGCUCAUAAUGAGGAGCUCAUCAAGUUGCUCAGAGUUGGUGACCUAACGACUUUUCGUGACCUCUGUGUUGCCAUUGAGGAACUUGGGUUUGUGGACAUAAGCAAGGCCAUGCGCUCCUUGUUGCCCCACACAGUACGCCGCCGCCACUAGCGGGCCGCGAACCACCCCCCACCCCUCGCCAACUCAUCCGUCCCCUGAUGCUACGGCAGGAGGAUGCGCGCUGUGUCAUCCGGCGAUGCCAGGCUCAGCGGCAGGAACAGCGGCCACGGCGGCGAGUCCGAUCGGCCGCCUACAUGGCCCGGGCUCGCCGCCAUGCCGCUGAUUGGCGGACAUGAAGAAACACUGAAAAUCCAUCUCCCCGUCCCAACCCGCCCCCACCCCCGCCCACGCCCCCCACCCCCUGCCUCCACCAGGUAUAACCGUUUUCGUGAUGACGUGGAGUUGGUGUCGGAGUGUGAGUUGUCUGAGUAAGAAUUGUGUUAUAUGCGUUGUUAAAUUUUCUGGUGUUGGUAUGUGGAAUGCGUUGUUAAAUUGUCCGGUGUUGGUAUGCUGCGUGCGUGGCGCUGUGUGUGGUGUGCAUGUGCCCCCCCCCGACUGCCCUAUAUUCAUGUAUUGUGUACUGUGCAUGUGAUGAAUACCGGUAUGUGUUGUGUGUGAGUAGUGUAUGUGCGGUUGUGUAUGUGAUUCCCGCUUUACACCCAUCAACCAUCCAUUAGUUUGUUUGUUUUUUCUUCUCGUGGGGACACGAGUUCUUUCCACCCGGAGAGGGGGGUAAUAGGGAGGUUUCGUUCUACGUAAUUACGUAUCAAAAUCCGUAUGUCGUACGCGCCGGGGAGCAAGGGAAACUUUCAUACGUAAAUCUCUCUAUGGAUUUCCGUAGGAAAGCUCUUUCCUACGUUGGGUCCUCCGUAGGACUUUUCGAAAUAUUUUUUCGCAUUUUCCGCAUUUGUCCAUGGCAACAUUCAAGCCGCGCGAAACACAAGGUACACACACCGUACACCACGUGCAAAAUAUCAUGGAAAACGCGGUUUCGGUUCAUGGUGCAUGCGGUGGGCGCAUGCAGCCAACGCGUCUCCAAAGCAACAACGCAUGUUGAUCA